AAUACCAUUAGACCCCCCCUCCCUGCCCACUUUAUUAACCCACCAAUACCAUUAGACCCCCCCUCCCUGCCCACUUUAUUAACCCACCAAUACCAUUAGACCCCCCCUCCCUGCCCACUUUAUUAACCCAAUUAACAACCCACCAAUACCCUUAGACACCAACCACCCCCCCUCCCUGCCCACUUUAUUAACCCACCAAUACCAUUAGACCCCCCCCCUUCCCUGCCCCCACUUUAAUUAACCACCAAUACCAUUAGACCCCCCCCCUCCCGCCCACUUUAUUAACCCACCAAUACCUUAGACCCCCCCCCCCUCCCUGCCCACUUUAUUAACCCACCAAUACCAUUAGAGGACCCCCCCCUCCCUGCCCACUUUAUUAACCCACCAAAAAAAAAUACCCAUUAGACCCCCCCCCCUCCCACUCCCUGCCCACUUUAUUACCCCACCCAAUACCAUUAUUGACCCCCCAUCCCCUGCCCACUUUAUUAACCCACCAAUACCAUUUAACCCCCCCUCCCUGCCCCCACUUUAUUAAACCCACCAAUACCCAUUAGACCCCACCUCCCAAUGCCUCAACUUUUAUUAACCCACCAAUACCAUUAGAAGACCCCGCCCCCCCCCUCCCCUGCCCACUUUAUAACCCACCAAUACCAUUAGAACCCCCCCUCCCCUGCCCACUUUAUAACCCCCAAUACCAUUAGACCCCCUCCCUGCCCACUUUAUUAAACCCACCAAUACCAUUAGACCCCCCCUCCCUGCCCACUUUAUUAACCCACCAAUACCAUUAGACCCCCCCCUCCCUGCCCACUUUAUUAACCCACCAAUACCAUUAGACCCCCCCUCCUGCCCACUUAUUAACCCACCAAUACCAUUAGACCCCCCUCCCUGCCCACUUUAUUAACCCACCAAUACCAUUAGACCCCCCCCUCCCUGCCCACUUUAUUAACCCACCAAUACCAUUAGACCCCCCCUCCCUGCCCACUUUAUUAACCCCACCAAUACCAUUAGACCCCCCUCCCUGCCCCUACCCUGCCCCCCACUUUAUUAACCCACCAAUACCAUUAGACCCCCCCUCCCUGCCCACUUUAUUAACCCACCAAUACCAUUAGACCCCCCCUCCCUGCCCACUUUAUUAACCCACCAAUACCAUUAGACCCCCCCUCCCUGCCCACUUUAUUAACCCACCAAUACCAUUAGACCCCCCCUCCCUGCCCACUUUAUUAACCCACCAAUACCAUUAGACCCCCCCUCCCUGCCCACUUUAUUAACCCACCAAUACCAUUAGACCCCCCCCUCCCUGCCCACUUUAUUAACCCACCAAUACCAUUAGACCCCCCCUCCCUGCCCACUUUAUUAACCCACCAAUACCAUUAGACCCCCCCUCCCUGCCCACUUUAUUAACCCACCAAUACCAUUAGACCCCCCUCCCUGCCUACUUUAUUAACCCACCAAUACCAUUAGACCCCCCUCCCUGCCCACUUUAUUAACCCACCAAUACCAUUAGACCCCCCUCCCUGCCUACUUUAUUAACCCACCAAUACCAUUAGACCCCCCUCCCUGCCCACUUUAUUAACCCACCAAUACCAUUAGACCCCCCCUCCCUGCCCACUUUAUUAACCCACCAAUACCAUUAGACCCCCCUCCCUGCCCACUUUAUUAACCCACCAAUACCAUUAGACCCCCCCUCCCUGCCCACUUUAUUAACCCCCCAAUACCAUUAGACCCCCCCUCCCUGCCCACUUUAUUAACCCACCAAUACCAUUAGAGAACCCCCCCCCCCCCUCCCCCCUCCCUGCUUGCAUUAUAAACCGUAGCUUUAUUAACCCACCGGUACCUUCUAUUAAUGUCGGUUUGGUUUUAUUCCACUCAUUGAUCAAGUUCGUUUUUUAUAUUAAACGAAGCAGAGCACAUUCUCCCCAUUUUUAAUGCUGUGCAAUUACAUUUUUGGACAUUAUUAUUUGUGCAAACACACACACGCACUUUAGUUUCACCACUACUGUUGGCCUGUCUCUCUCUCUCCCAGGUUUCAAAGCUGGUCCAUGCCAUAAAGAUGGGUUGGAUCAAGCCCCGUAAACCCAAAGAGACCACCCCUCAGUACUACGACCUGUGGGCCAAGGAGGACCCCAACGCCAUCCUGGGGCGCCACAAGAUGCACGUCCCCGCCCCCAAGAUGAGGCUGCCUGGACACGAGGAGUCCUACAACCCCCCGCCUGAAUACCUGCUCACAGAGGAAGAGGUAAAUAGUUCAUUCAUCACACAAUUUAUUAUGCAUAAUUAUAAAAGUCUUUGUUGGAGUGCAUUACGUGCUGUUCUUGUCUGCACACACAUACUUGGACAGAAAUAUUUUUUUGCAACAUCAGAAUUUACCUCAAAAUUCUCUUAGUAAUUGGCAAAAAUUGUACAGUAGCAGAUCAAUUGGUAGCAUAGAACAACUGGAGCGUUUUGGUCCCGAGUUCCCUCCUUGUAACUAUAGUCAAUAGUAUACAGACCAAUCAUUAACCAGUAUACAAACCAGUCAUUAGUAUACAGACCAAUCAUUAACCAGUAUACAAACCAGUCAUUAGUAUACAGACCAAUCAUUAACCAGUAUACAAACCAGUCAUUAGUAUACAGACCAAUCAUUAACCAGUAUACAAACCAGUCAUUAGUAUACAGACCAAUCAUUAACCAGGAUACAAACCAGUCAUUAGUAUACAGACCAAUCAUUAACCAGUAUACCAACCGGUCAUCAUUAUACCGACCAAUCAUUCAUCAGUAUAUAAACCAGCCAUCAGUAUACUCACCCACCAUUGGUUCUUCCUCCCCCUGUCAGAGACUGGCUUGGGAGCAGCAGGAUGCAGAGGACAGGAAGCUCCCGUUCCUCCCCCAGAAACACUCCUGUCUGAGGGCCGUGCCCGCCUUCUCCCGCUUCAUCCACGAGCGCUUUGAACGCUGCCUCGACCUCUACCUGUGCCCCCGCCAGCGCAAGAUGAGGGUGAGACUACAGACCCUGCCUGAAUGUCUAGAUAAAUAGUACAUUGAUUUGAAGAUGCUCAUAAAGAAAAGUACAGCUCAUUUUGAAGGACCCCUCUAUUUCAGUUGGGUGGUUCUCAACUCGUUCCUCAACACUGUUCAGAGGGGUGGGGUUAAAUGUGGAAGACCAUUUCAGUUGAAUGCAUUCAGUUGUACAACUGACCAGGUAUCCCCCUUUACCUUUCCUUUCAUCUCACAUGGUCUCCACAGGUGAAUGUGAAUCCAGAAGAUCUGAUCCCCAAGCUGCCCAAACCCAAGGACCUGCAACCCUUCCCCACCACCAUGUCCCUGGUAGGUCAACCACUGGAACUGCUGUGAAUAUUCUAUUGGAAAUGCACCUCAUUGUAAGGACCUGUAUUUUGCACAAUCAUGUGACAUGCCUGGAUUUUAACCUUUUUGUUUAAAGCUUUUUCAUCAACUUGUUCCCUUCUCUUUUCAGAUGGUCCAGCACCAUCCUCAAACAAUUGCUUACAUGUUUGGUCUAAUUGUCAUUUCUGGAUAAGCCUUAAAAUACAGGAUCAUUUAGUAUUUUAUUAGAAUCCCCAUUAGCUGUUGCCAAGGCCGCAGCUACUCUUCCUGGGGUCCAAACAGAGAUACAACAUUACAUCAAACAAAACAUUGUGCAUUAUACAAAUGUACAUUACUCCAUUAUUACAUUACACUGUUACAAUACUACAUUACUAAGAAUAGUGUGUGUGUCUUCACAGUCCUCUUUGUGAGGUGUUUUAUGUUUUUUAAAUCUGAUUUUACUGCUGCUAGCUGCUAGUUACCUGAAGUGGAAGAGGUCCAUGUAUUGUUAUAAAAUCUUGCUAUGUCACGUGAUUGUGUAAAACACAGGGCCCUAGAUGGGGUGAUGAUCCUAAAAUAAGAAAAUUAAGUUAGUACCAAUCAUGACCCUAAUGAUAUAUCCUCUUAACAGGUGUACCGUGGCCACACCAGUCUGGUGCGUUCCAUCAGUGCGUCUCCCACUGGCCAAUGGCUGGUCUCAGGUCAGUGUUAAGUCCCUAUUCACCUUUAAUGCGAUGCGGUAAAACCUCUGACUCUGCUGCUGUUUGGCUAGCUCAUCAGUUUGCCUUUUUCUUAGUCAGUAUCAAACUGUCUCCCUGGCAAUGUGUUAAUUCAGUUUGCCUGUUUGAGUCAGUAUCAAACUGUCUCCCUGGCAAUGUGUUAAUUCAGUUUGCCUGUUUGAGUCAGUAUCAAACUGUCUCCCUGGCAAUGUGUUAAUUCAGUUUGCCUGUUUGAGUCAGUAUCAAACUGUCUCCCUGGCAAUGUGUUAAUUCAGUUUGCCUGUUUCUGAGUCAGUAGCUAUAACUGACUUCUUAAAUCAUCCCGAAAGCGUGAGCCAUGAUGUCAUGUAUGGCUGUGUUCCCCAGGCAGUGUCAUGUAUGGCUGUGUUCCCCAGGCAGUGUCAUGUAUGGCUGUGUUCCCCAGGCAGUGUCAUGUAUGGCUGUGUGCCCCAGGCAGUGUCAUGUAUGGCUGUGUUCCCCAGGCAGUCUCAUGUAUGGCUGUGUGCCCCAGGCAGUGUCAUGUAUGGCUGUGUUCCCCAGGCAGUGUCAUGUAUGGCUGUGUUCCCCAGGCAGUGCCAUGAUGGCUGUGUGCCCCAGGCAGUGCUGAGAUGUGCACCGUGAGAUCAGUGACCCAUACUGGGGCGCUGGAACGUCAGCAAGAGGCUAGAGAGAAACCAGCGUCUACAGACCAGGAGAAAUGUAGGCUAUGCAGCUAGGCGGCCAUACUUACUGCCUGGCACACAUCUAGGAGGAUAAAUCAAUCACAGAUAGCUUCCUAGCCUGUCUCAUUUUCCCCUCAUCCAUCUUAGACUUAAAUAGUCAUUGUCUUUUUAUAGCUUCUGGCUAGCUGGCUGUUCUCCGCGGUCAGUCAGAGAACAGUAGGCUUUCCUUGGGUUGUUAAUGUUAGUACUAUGUAGAACAGGGAUCAUCAUCUAGAUUCAGCUGCGGGACGAUUUCUUUCUUGAGCAGAUGGUCGGGGGGGGUUUGAACAUAAUUACUAAUAAUUUGUAGACUGCAAAUUGAUCGCAAGAAGCCCAAACGGAUAUAAUAUUUGACUAAAACAUAAUCAUUUCUCAAACCUUGGUUAAGUUUGUAUACGAUCACGUCUCUAUUAUCCGUGGGAAGUUUUCUUAAAUUAAAAUCACUUACAGCUGAUUUCCUGGUGUUUUUACAGUCUUAUGUAAAAUAAAUAAAAAAUACCUGAUGUAGAAAAGUCAUCCCUAAUGGUUCUCCUUUCGGCGAUGAAGGGUAGCCAUUAGAAGUAAUUAUACACGUUGACUACAGAUUCUUACCAGGAAAAUGACGUGUACGAUUCAAAGUAAGACUUGAUAGACAUGGAUGUGAAUUUAAUAACAUGGAGGUGAGGGAAGGAGGGACUGUAGAUUGCUCACUCAGUGUUGGCUAGUUUCCCUCAGUUUAAUAUGGUCUGUGCCUGGGGGACACUGUCAGAUAUGAAGUAAGGGCCCUAGCCAUAUAAAACGAAGGUGGCUUUGUCUUUCCACAGUCAUGAGGUAUGGCUGACUAGAGAAUCUGGUCUGAAGAGGUGGGAUUAUUGCUAGUAUUGUAGUAACUGUACAGUAUGAAAAGUUCAGGACGUAUUGAGAAUAAUGUAAAAUUAUGAAAUACACUGAACAAAAAUAUAAACACAAAAAUUUCAAAGAUUUUACUGAUUUACAGUUCAUAUAAGGAAAUCAGUUAAUUUAAAUUAGCCUCAUGCAGCGUGACACAUCUAUGCAUAGAGUUGAUCAGGCUGUUGAUUGUGGCCUGUGGACUGUUGUCCCUCUCCUCUUCAAUGGCUGUGUGAAGUUGCUGUAUACUGUUGGGAACUGGAACACGCUGGCGUACACACCAAUCCAGAGCAUCCCAAACGUGCUCAAUGGAUGACAUGUCUGGUGAGUAUGCAGGCCAUGGAAGAACUGGGACAUUUUCAGCUUCCCGGAAUUGUGUACAGAUCCUUGCGACAUGGGGCCGUGCAUUAUCAUGCUGAAACAUGAGGUGAUGGCGGCGGAUGAAUGGCACGACAAUGGGCCUCAGGAUCUCGUCACGGUAUUUCUGUGCAUUCAAAUUACCAUAGAUAAAAUGCAAUUGUGUUCGUUGUCCUUAGCUUAUGCCUGCCCAUACCAUAACCCCACCGCCACCAUGGGGCACUUGACAUCAGCAAACCACUCGCCCACACAACGCCAAACACGUGGUCUGUGGUUGUGAGUCCGGUUUGACGUACUGCCCCAAAUUCUCUAAAACAAUGUUGGAGGCGGCUUAUGGUAGAGAAAUUAACAUUAAAUACUCUGGCAACAGCUCUGGUGGACAAUCCUGCAGUCAGCAUGCAAAUUGCAUGCUCCCUCAAAACUUGAGACAUCUGUGGCAUUGUGUUGUGUGACAAAACUGCACAUUUUAGAGUGUUUUUUUAAUUGUCCCCAGCACAAGGUGUACCUGUGUAAUGAUCAUGCUGUUUAAUCAGCUUCUUGAUAUGCUACACCUGUCAGGUGGAUGCAUUAUCUUGGCGAAGGAGAAAUGCUCACUAACAGGGAUGUAAACAAAUGUGUGUACAAAAUUUGAGAGAAAGAAGCUUUUUUGUGCGUAUGUCAAAUUUCUGUGAUCUUUUAUUUCAGCUCAUGAAACAUGGGACCAACACUUUACACGUUGUGUUUAUAUUUCUGUACAGUAUACAUGUCAAUUUAAUAACUUUUAAUAACACUUAUUUAGUCUUUAUUCCCUGGCCUUACUCUUCUAUGACAGCCAUGGAAAUCUCUAUUCCCCAAGCCAUAGUCAUACUGUAGGGAUAUUUUACUGUAUGGUCGGCAGUUUAAUAUCAACACUGGACAGGCUGGGCAGUAGCCUACAGGGACAACUACAAAAUGGUGGCAAUUACACACGUUUUGAUUAAGUUUCCAUUCACACUAGUACCAGGCCCUCAAAGGGAGGGAGGUAGGGAGUGAGUGAGAGAGAGGUGACACGUGGGCUAGUCAGAGAAAGACAGGAGAGGGAGGUGAAGGAAGGAAGGAUAGAGUGAGUGAGUGAGCGAGGCUGCCUGGCAGCAAUUUAGUGGCAAUAUCUGUUGAGCCGUCCAUAACAAAGGAUUUCAUAAAGGCCCAUAUGCAAAACCACUACAGUCAGCGCCACUCUUUUGAAUUGCUGUAAAAUAUAUUAAACCAGUCGUAAAACCCUCUUUCCCACAGUAAAAAUGGCAGUUGACAACCUCCCAGGAAUUGCAGCCCCCGCCCCAUACCGCCCUCACCUUCCCUCACCCCCCCUUCUUCAAUUUGUUUUCCUAUUGUGUGAGGGUUGACAGAUAAUUCAUUCCAUAUCAGUGUGUGGUGCUUUUUAAUGAUGACUGUUACUUUGACCCACUCUGUCUCUAAAUAGGGGGCUGUCUGGACUGGGGUAGUGCUAGCUAUCGCAGGGGGCUAACGCCAACCCCACCCACACCAAGCCUGUACUCACUGCUCACUAACUCAACCAUACUAAAGUUGGAAAAUAUUAUUACGAAGAAGCUACCAAGGCCAACAGCAGUAAAAACACAGCCAGACAAUGUCCCCAUGUUAAAAAAGACUUGUAACAGGAAACCAAGGUAAUGCUGUGAAAUCAUUUGUCGGUUGUGUCAUACAUUCUUCUGGAGACGUCUCCAAAACUGUAAAACAUGACGAUGACCUACCCCACACCAAGCAUGCUCUCUUCUCUCAGGACUGGAAUGAGUUUUAUAGACUUCAUAAUUAUGCUCAUUUUUUAAAUGUUGCAUAGAGGCAUUCCAUACCUCUUACAUCCGUUAUAGGCUGUGUCCCAAAUGGAACCCUAUUCCCUUUAUAGUGCACUACUUUUUACCAGGGCCCAUAGGGACAACCACAGGGCUCUGGUCAAAAGUAGUGCACUAUGUAGGGCAGUGUUUCCCAACCCUGGUACUCCAGUACCCCCAACAGUACACUUUUUAAAAAAAUAGCACACCUGAUUCUACUUGUCAACUAAUUAUCAAGCUCUCAAUGAGUUGAAUGAGGUGCGUUUGUCAAGGGCUACAACGAAACUGUGCACUGUUGGGGGUACUGGAGGACCGGGGUCGGGAAACACUGAUGUAGGGAACAGGGUGCCAUUUGAGACACAGACAUGGAACAUUGUACUGAUCGUCCUGGGUUGGACUCGGGCUUGACUCUGUGUACAGUAUAUUCACACCCACACUCCCAGCAGUAAACAAACUGGGGUUACGAUGUUCCCGGCUCCACAUUCCCUACUAAUGAUGUGGCCACAAUGGGUAACGUGGUGCGGCGGCAGCUCCUCCAGCUCCAGCCCUGCGGGUGACGUUCCCUCUGAACUCUGGAUAGGGCUGAACACUCAACCUUUCAACCCUUCCCUGGUGGUUAGGACCGGGAAGGACGGAAUGCCUCCCUUCACACGCCGUCCGGGUUGGGAUUAGAAUGUCACCGGCUUUUUAUGGAUGAAAGUACGGAAUCCUAUGUAUGGAACAGGGUUGUCUCUUUAGAAAUGUAGCCCCCCUUUUACCAACCACAUCUGGUUGGGCCAGAGGUGGCCCCUCAAACUUUGUUCUGAAGGACCUGUGACAUUAUAGACACUCUAAGGUUAGGUUAACUCCCCUAGCUGGUCCCCUUCUCUCUCGCUCCUUUCCACAACAUCAAACCCAGCUGAAUAUAGCUAGUCAUUCUUGUAAAAGAACACACAAGUGUUGCUUUGGAACACAACUGCAAAUUAUCUGGGCUGUUUGUGUGGAGAUGUGAGGGGUCUGUCCCAGGCGGGCAGCCCAGGGACAGAGGCCUCUGUGAGGUCACAACAGGAAGAACACAGCCCUGUGAACCAAAGUGCAAUAACACCCACCAGUGGCACCACUACCAAGAUGCUACCGUAA